ACUCGGCGCCUGAAGUCGGCAAAGGCAAGCCCAGCACCAGGGUUUGGCCGUCGCCUUCCUGGCGCAGUCUCCAGGGUCAGCCUCCGCACAGCUGAGACCCAGACCUUCCCAAGGCAGGUCUUCCGGCCCAGGGCCCUCCAGAGAGGCCAGACCAGGGACCUGGCGCUUGGCCCAUCCGGGUCAAUUGAGGCUGGGUGGCCGCUGUGAAGGAGGAGCCCAGCGGCCUGGCCCCGCCCCUCUGACAAUGCGCAGGCGCCUGCGCCGGCCCCGCCCCCGAAGGCGCUUCCGGGCAGCGGGUUGGGGCGCACGGCGUGUCUCAGGUCCUCCAGCCCACUCUUCCAAGCUGUUCAUUUUCCAUGUGUGCAGGGCAUGUAGGACAGAAUGGCCACACUACCAAUACCAGCUGCGUAUCAUCACCUCUGAUCAUUUCCCAAGGGCUUCUGAGGUUGAAUGUCAGCUGUGGCAUUCUGUUUAUGCCUCAUAACAACACAUGAGCUUUCCCAAAGGAUGAGGCAAAAAAAGAAACUGGCAAAGGCAGAGGAGCAGCAGAGCCAAGCAGACACAGCCCAGAUGCCUUCCCUCAAGAAGCCUUACUUGGGACCACCUUUAACCAUGGGCUCCCAGCACAGCAUCUAUUUCUGUCAGAGCCUAAAAGACCACUCUGCCCGGCUGGGAUCAGAGUUUUUUGACCAGCCAGCCAUCUCCCUGGCCCGUGCAUUUCUGGGACAGGUCCUUGUCCGGCGACUUGGUGAUGGCACACAGCUCCGUGGCUGCAUUGUGGAAACUGAGGCAUACUUGGGACCUGAGGAUGAAGCUGCCCACUCGAGGGGAGGCCGGCAGACUCCCCGUAAUCGCAGCAUGUUCAUGAAGCCUGGGACCCUGUAUGUGUACAUCAUAUAUGGCAUGUACUUCUGCAUGAAUGUCUCUAGCCAAGGGGAUGGGGCUUGUGUCCUGCUUCGAGCACUAGAGCCUUUGCAAGGCCUGGAGACUAUGCGGCAGCUUCGUAGUACUCUCCGGAAGGGCACCAUCAGCCGUGCUCUCAAGGACCGUGAGCUCUGCAGUGGCCCCUCCAAGCUGUGCCAAGCCUUUGCCAUUGACAAGAGCUUUGACCAGCGGGAUCUGGCCGAGGAUGAAGCUGUGUGGCUGGAACGAGGCUCCCAGGAGCCCAGUGCAUCAGCUGUGGUGGCAGCAGCCCGCAUUGGUAUUGGCCACGCAGGGGAAUGGGCUCAGAAGCCCCUGCGUUUCUACAUCCGGGGCAACCCCUGGGUGAGUGUAGUGGAUAAAGUUGCUGAGCAGGACACACAAGCCUGAGCAGUGAGUCUGCUUAGACAGGCUUUUUAAUUGUUUAAAAGCCAAAUAAAUACUUUUUCUCUACAAACUA